AAAAUAAUUCACGGAUCAUCUACUCCUCCAAGUGCAUUUAUGCAUUGGGUUUGAAAAGUGAUAAGAAUUGUUUAAACGAAUAAAUUUUCAAUAAAAUGCCGGCGCCAGUACUCAAAUCGGUUUGCGUUCCAUUUUACGUGGGAGGCGGCGACCAUCAGUAUCCAAAUUCAGCCGUGGACGAUCCCCACCACGCCAUCGAGAAGGGCAUGCCGGAGCGGCCGGAUGAGAGCGGUCCUUCCGCGUCGUCUUGCCCGUUGCGGACGUCGUCAACCACGCCCAGGGCCGAUCUCCAACUGAUAACCUAUGCCUUUAUCGAGAUGAUAGCGUUCAAGAAGCGUUUUUUUUGGCUUCACGUUUCCGAAAGCCCCAAUCCCACGGGAUUGCGCGCGUGCAAGUUCGGCGCCUGCAGCUUGGCGGUUCCUUUUUCCUCGUCGGUAUCCACAACCCAUCUUUUCGGGAUGGAGACGGGCGCGCCGCAGGUGGAGUCGUCCAGCGAUCAAACCGUUCAAUCCAUCUUCUCGUCGAAUCUCUCGCAAAAAAUCGUUCGGCGGCUGCGCAAAGACUUCCAGCUCGAGGCAGGUGUUUAUGUGAGCUGUGCGAUUGAGGGGGAACGCUGCAUGGAGCUUUUGGGAACGGAUACGGGAGGCGGUUUUCGCUCCGCGAUCCUUUUUGGGAACCUCGUGCUGAGGGAGAGUCUGCGGUUGAUCGAGGAUGUGGUUAAGGCGGCAGAAGGUAGCGAAUAAUGGAGUCGCCGUGUGCCCCACACGGGGGCAAUUUUAAUUUCUUUUCGUAAAAUGAACUACUCUCCCUCAAACAAAAGGGAAAGAAACAGGGUUCACUUGACAGGAACGAUGUGUUCUGUUAGUUUUGGGAA